AUGGCGGCACAGGAGCGUCCGCAGGUGAAGGAGGGGCUGCGGAUAGCGCUACUGUGUUUAUGCUGGUACACAGUGAGUUCAGGCGGUAACGUCGUCAACAAAAUCAUCUUGAACGGAUUCCCGUAUCCCGUUACCGUGUCGCUGUUCCACAUCUUCUCCAUUGUGCUGUUUCUGCCGCCGCUGCUCCGCGCCUGGUCCGUCCCCAAAAUUGAAUUACCGUCUACUUACUACCGCUGCUACAUUCUCCCUCUCGCUUUCGGAAAAUACUUCGCUUCAGUGUCGGCUCACUUCAGCAUAUGGAAGGUCCCAGUGUCGUACGCUCAUACUGUGAAGGCAACCAUGCCAAUAUGGGUUGUGCUGUUGUCACGGAUAAUAAUGAAGGAAAAGCAAAGUACAAAGGUGUAUGUAUCCCUCAUACCAAUCAUAGGCGGUGUCCUGUUAGCCACAGUGACUGAGCUUUCCUUUGAUAUGUCCGGAUUGAUCAGCGCACUGGCGGCCACACUUUGCUUCUCUUUGCAAAAUAUUUUCUCCAAAAAGGUUUUGCGUGAUACCAGGAUACACCACCUGCAUCUACUCAACAUCCUGGGCUUUAAUGCCGUUUUGUUUAUGCUGCCUACAUGGAUUUUAGUUGACAUGUCUGCAUUUCUGGUGGAUGGUGAUAUAACAGAAAUCUCCAACUGGACAGGAACGUUGGUGCUGCUCGUCAUCAGUGGUAUCUGCAACUUUGCACAGAACAUGAUUGCCUUCAGUAUAUUGAAUAUAGUCAGCCCCCUCAGUUAUGCAGUUGCUAACGCUACCAAGAGAAUCAUGGUAAUCAGUAUAUCUUUACUGAUGCUGAGAAACCCUGUCAGCACGUCCAACAUUAUAGGGAUGAUGACUGCCAUCCUGGGGGUGUUUUUGUAUAACAAGGCGAAAUACGACGCCAAUCAGGAGGCCAAGAAAAAGCUGUUACCAGUCUCUUCGCAGGACAUGGUUUCGUUUGACAAGCUGCAGUCCAACGGCUCAGCACCCUUCAAACAAGGCUCAGAAUAUCAGUAUGGUCACAGCAACACACUCAGCGAUCACUUUCAGUACAGCCGUCAGGCCUACACAAUGAACUACGGCUCCAACCAGUAUGUCGUCUAAGUGGAGAAACAAGCCGAUGUAACUAAGUCUUUUGUGUGGGACGUGCUGUUUUCGAUCAGAUUCUCAUAUUUAUUUCACUUUUUAAAUUUGUUUACAAAAUGCUCUGUAACAGAGUGCAAAGGUGUUUUUAAACCAAGGUGGAAUAUAUUUACAAAGUGAAACAGAUAAGGAAAUACCCUGGUAUCGUAAAAUACAGUCCCAUGCAAAAGUUCGGAAACCCCUGGUCAAAUUCUUUGUUUGAUAGAUUUGAUAGUAAAAAUAAGUGAACACAGCCUCUACAGGAAAGAAACUUCUGUACAUUUGAAAGCACAAUUACUGUAUAUUUGCAAAAUUUGAAAUAUAUCACAUACACUAUAUGGCCACAUUUAUGUGGAGCCUAUUUAUGAGCACUCCAAAACCAUGGGCAUUUCUAUUGAAUUGCUUCUUCUCCCUAUUGUAGCUUUAAUGCCAUUCACACUUGUCAAGGCAGUGGUAGCUCAGUGGUUAAGGUAUUGGACUAGUAAUCAGAAGGUUGCCGGUUCAAGCCUCACCACCUAUGUUCAGUCAUAAUUAUAAGUCGCUUUGGAUAAAAGCGUCUGCUAAAUGCUGAGAAUGUAAAUGUGUCUGUGGAAAUUUGUGCUCACUUAGUUAAUUCAUCUCAAAAUGUUUAGUUGGGUUGAGGUCAGGGCUCUGUGUAGGCAUCAGGAGCUCCUUUGCAGACAACUAGUCAAACCAUGUCUUUAUAAACCUAGCUUUGUGCACAAGAGCAAAGUCAUGCUGGAAUAUGCCACAAUAUUAAAAGUAUAUGAUUUGCCAUAAAUAUUUGUAUUUAUUUAUU